GGCCCGGCAGAUGAAACCGGCAUUGAUAAAAUCCUGCAAAUAUUUUCACAAGAACCCGAAAUAUGUUUUAAAUAGAAUUGAAUAAAUGAUUGUGCCUUUGGUGACACAUCUCCGGCAAGGUGGGCAGGUGGAAAGUAACUCAAAAACCUAGCAGCCCGCUGUAGUCACAGUGUCAAGUGCCACUGAGUGCGGAGAUCGAAACAUUAUUCAGACGGAAUGGCUGCUACCGACUUUGUUGAGAUAGAUGGAUCCUAUCUGGAGGGUGGCGGACAGGCGCUCCGCAACGCCCUGAGUCUUAGCUGCAUCCUGCGGAAGCCCGUCCGUGUGGUAAACAUCAGGGCCAAUCGCCCCAACCCGGGUAUCUCGCACCAGCACCUGCACGGCGUGAAGCUGCUCCGGGACAUAGCCGAUGCAGAAGUGGUGGGCAAUGUAAUAAAUUCUACCAAAUUAGAGUUCAUACCGACCACCAUACGUGGCGGUAAAUACCGUGUGGUGGCCCAGACGGCGGCCAGCAUCACACUAAUAUAUCAAAUGGCCCUGCCGGUCCUAUUGUUCGCUGGCGGCGCCUCGCAAGUGGACGCAACCGGUGGCACAAACGUUGGAUUCGCUCCGCAGGUGGAGUACAUGAAGCAGGUACUGCUACCCAAUCUCAUGCGCUUCGGGAUUACCUUCGAACUGAAGCUACUUCACCAUGGAUUCUUUCCGCGCGGCAACGGGCGUUGCCUGUUGGACGUGAAGCCGGUGAAUCUUAUAAAGGCUGGGCAGUUGAACAAGUUCGGCCAGUUGGACAAUGUGGCCGGCGUGGCCUACUGCGGCGGACGGCUGCCCAUGAGCAUAGCCCUGGACAUGCAACAGACAGCACGCCGCGAGAUCCAUCGUUUGUGGCCCAGCCAGGACUGCAACAUUGAGACAAAGAAGCUACCGUUCGACAUAGCAUCCGACAAUGGAGCCGGCAUUCUGGUGACUGCACAUACAACAAGCGGUUGUGUUUUGGGAUCGGGCGCGGUGGGCGAGAGGAAGAUGCACGGACAUUUACUCGGUUCGAAUGCCGCCUGCAAGCUAACCGAAUAUGUGCGCAAGGAGGUCUGCAUAGACGCGAACAUGCAGGACCAACUCAUCAUCUAUAUGGCUCUGGCAUCCGGCUGCUCACGAAUGCUCACUGGUCCGCUGACCAAACACACACGCACCGCCAUCCAUGUGGCCGAGCAACUCACAGGCGUCAAGUUCGAGGUGACAAUCGAGAGCUGCGGGCAGACACUUGUCACCUGCGAAGGACUGGGCCGCCUCAACGAGUUAAUUUAACAAUGGAUCUUUAUUACUUACAAUAUUUUGCCUAAAUUAUUGUUUACGUUUAUACAAGAAUAAAACGCGUCGCUACAAACGACGGAAAAUUGCCAGGAAA